AGUCGCGCGGAGACGAGAGGGAGCAGGUUGUAAGCCGGUGGUGGUUGCUGCUUCGGCUUCGCUCUGGAGAAGACGAAGCCUGCGGAACCAUGAACGGCGGGAGGAGCGGCGCGAGGGACGGCGGCGGCGGCGGAGGAGGAGACGACGACGGCAGGGGGAUCCUGUGGAGGCUCCCGGCGGUCCGGUCCAAGCAGCUCGGCAAGCUGGGCCCCGCCUUCGGCGUCGGCGCCGGCUGCGGCCUCGGCGCCGGCGUCGGCCUCAUGGGCGGGCUAGGCUUUGGUCCUGGAAUUCCUGGUUUGCAGCUUGGCUUUGGGAUAGGGGCUGGAUGUGGUGUUGGUGUGGGAUUUGGUUAUGGUGUUGGAAGGGGGAUCGCCCAUGAUGAUAAUCGUAGAUACUCAAAUGUGGGAAAUGUCUUUCAUGGUUCAGGGAGUCUUCCUACUCAGGAUGAAAUUGGUGCACUUGUUGAUGAUCUCGUAAUCAACACGAAGAAGCUCAUCAGUGCGACUUCAAGAGAAAUUGACAAGUGGAGGAGAUGAUUUCAGUUACCUAAGUUGAUGCAGUCAAUCAGGGAUGAUAUAGUGUAUAGCAUCGAUAUGUUUCGACAGAAGUAUGUUUCUGUUCAAAGUUGUUGAAUCCAUGAAUGUGGAAGACAUUGUAUCGAUUGUAUUUAACGUUCAGCUGCGUAUGCAGCAUCCCAGGACCACUCAAAAGUGCAGUUCUUCGAUUUAA